AUGGACGUCUCGUCGGUCCUCAGGAAGAUCGAAGUGAAGCCGACCGAUGAUGAGUACGAAGCCAUUGACACAAGUCGAUGGGGAAAUAGGGACGUGUAUCCGAUUCCACAUGACAAACGAACAUAUGGUGUAUACGCGUUUGUGAGCAGCGCCGGCAUCACGACUCCAGGGCUCAUCGGAUUUGUUCUAUUCAUGAUCAUGUACUUCCCAAUCAUUUACUUCGUCCCAGCGUGGAAGGUCCAGAAGCUUCUCGAAGUGCAGGAAAACGGAGGCAGUCCUGGAAAUCUAGUUGCUCCUGCAAUCAAGCUCUCUAAAGCCGAAGCCGGAUUCCGAGUCAUCCAAGGCAUUACUAGUGUAGCUGGAACCUACACCGGCGGGUCCGAUCGUGUCUCAGAUUGGACCCGUUACGGAAGGAGACGACACACCUCCACGCCCGCCAUCAUCACGCUGGCCGUUACCGUUAUCCUCACCGCCCUCGUUGGUAUCAUCUCCACCUCCGCGCUCGCCGAACGAUACGGCCUGCUAGAAUGGAAUCCCCUCAUCAUGCUCCAGUGGAUCCAACAAACCUCCUACACCCCCAAAUGCCGCGCCGGCACCUUCUUUGCCGGUGUCGGCCUCCUAUCCGUUACUACCUUCGUCAAUUACACGCAAAACUGCGUGUCCUCUGGCAUGGACGUCGCUAUGCUUUUCCCACGCUACAUCUCACAGCGCCGUGGCGCCAUUAUCUUCAGCAUCUUGGGCGUGCUCGCAAAUCCCUGGCGUUUCUUGACACAAGCUGAGACAUUUAUUACUGUGUUGAGUAGUUUCGGUGUGUUCAUGAGUCCGGCAGCGGCGAUUUUGAUUGUCGAUUUCUGGAUCGUGAGACGCCAGAAAUGGAAUAUCCCCGAGUUGUACAUUCCCGGUGGAACGUAUUGGUUCACAGCGGGCGUCAACUGGCGGGCUUUCAUUGCGUAUUUUCUAGGUAUGUGGCCGGCGCUUCCGGGCUUCGUGAACGCGGUAUCAAGUCUUGAGGUCGAUGUCGUUUGGCGGCGGUUCUACCAGAUCAGUUUUUUCUUUGGGUAUUUGGUUUCAGCUAUUCUAUUUUAUAUUUUUAAUAGGAUUUCGCCGCCGCCGGGGCUUGGAGUGCAGGUUAGUUUUCAUGUGGAUGGGACAAGGAUUCUGGAGGAGAUGCCGGAGGGGAUGAAGGAAGAGGGUUUGGAGAAGGGGGUUGAGGUUGGGGUUGAGAAGGUUUCUGGAUCCUGA